AUGAAGAUUGUUGCAACGACGGUAGUCGCCGCAGCCGCACUUGGCUCUGCAUGGGCAUAUCGUCGGUCAGUGCGCAUUCAACGCGCGGUGGAGGUCAAGGAGAAGGCGCAUGCCAUUCUUGUGGUGGAUAUUGGGAGCUCGUCGGUGCGUGCAAGUGCGUAUGUGUUGCGAGGAGACACUUGGACCCUAGUGCCUGGCUCACUACACCAACUUAAGAUGCGGGCUCUAGCGAACGACGGCACUGCUUUGGUUCAUGUGAUCCAACAAGCCGUGGAACGAGUGAAGGACUUGACGGUGGCGUGGUUGACACAACAAGGGGCGUUUCGCAUCGUUGGCGUCGGCUUCUCUUGCUUUGCCAUGUCACUCGUCGGUGUCAACAGCGAUGGAAAACCCGUUACGCCAGUGCUGACUUAUGCUGGCCGGUGUGCGUCGCAAGCCAAGGCGCUGUCCCAGACGCUAGCCCACCAAGGCCUCCAACACGAGACUUAUAAUCGAACGGGGGUACCCAUCCAUCCUGCGUACGCCGCCCCGCAAUUGCUCAAGCUACAACCGAACGACAGAGUUGUGACGUGGCAGUCGCUGGUUGGCGUGUUGCUACGCCAGUGGCUCGGGGGCGAGUCUCCAAUUCCCAUGAGCUACAGCGAAGCUUCCUGGACUGGUUUAGCCGACUUUCGGGACGCUGUGUGGGAUCGUAAACUGCUGGAGCUGAUUCAAAUCGACCCCGCAACGCUCCCAUCCAUCCAAGACCCUUCAAUUCCUGCGACAGGGCGACUCCAGCCAGCGUAUGCCAAGCGAUGGCCUUUGCUUCAAGAUACGCCGUACUUUUUGGCGCUGGCCGACGGCGCGGCGGCUAACAUUGGUUCCCACUGUGUCGCCCCAGAGUGUAAAACUACUGGUAGUCGCAUCGGGUUGACCGUGGGGACCAGUGCCGCCAUGCGCGUACUCGUCCCCGUCGGCCAAAUCGUCAAAGUGCCUCGGGGCUUGUGGUGCUACCGUGUCUCAGCCACCCACGCGAUCGUCGGGGGGGCCCUCACGGACGGGGGAUCGGUGUUUGAGUGGGCGCUGCAGACGCUGGCGUUGUCCCCUGAUGCGAUACGGCAAGUGGGAGCCAUGGCCCCUGCCGAGCACGGCCUGUCGAUGCUGCCCUUCUUGAACGGUACAGUCAGUGGAUCGUAACUGUUGGGGUUUUCUACACGGAAAACCCCACGCAGCAAACGAUGGUACCAUCACAGCGUGUGCUUGUGAAUAACAAGGCGAACGUUCCCCGGGGUGGCACGACGAUGCGACGUGUACUAUCAGCGGCAUCACGGCCGCCACAACCCCUGCGCACAUUUUGCGAGCAGCGCUCGAGUCUGUGGCGCUGCGCCUUGGAGCUAUUUAUGCACUUCUGGGAGAAUAUGUGACUUCGGACGCUCAUUUGGUAGCCAGCGGCACGGCGCUCAGCUCGUCGCCCGUGUGGCGUCAGAUCAUCGCGGAUGUGGUCGGUCGGCCUGUGUGGCUCGAAACCGAAGCGGUGGAAUUGACGUCGCGAGGCGUAGCCAUGUUCGUCGGGGGGCACCUCGGGGUACAUAGUAGCAGCAGCUCCCCCCACAAACUACUGCAUCGCCAUUUCACGUGCUCAACACCGUCGAUGCAAGCGCACGUCCAGUACUUGGCCGCCCGCCAACGCCAGGAUACGCUCUACUCGGAUGUGUUGGGCCAUACGUAGGAUAUGUUAUAACACUGCAUUUUAUUAUAACAUACACAUGUUAUAACACGGACG